CCGCUGUCAUACGAGAACACGCGAAGCAAUGAUGGCGGCCUUCAGUGUUGCUCGAAGCAGCUGCGGACUGAUGAACGGCUUGAGGGUCUCCUUCAGGAGUUUGGCUCAAGUAAAAUAUGGAGCAGCAGCAGCCGUAUCGGUGCCGCAGACGAAGCUGCAGCGGGACUGCCGCUGGUACUCGGUCGGCCACCUCUCCGUUAAAGAGAGGAUUGACAAGAAACGGAAAGCGGCGCUAGUCGGGGGAGGUCAGAAGAGAAUAGAUGCACAACAUAAAAGGGGUAAGCUGACGGCCAGGGAGCGAGUGGAGCUUCUGCUGGACCCCGAGUCCUUUGUGGAGUCCGACAUGUUCGUGGAACAUCGCUGCUCCGACUUCGGCAUGGAGCAGGACCCCAACAAGUUCCCAGGUGACAGCGUGGUGACGGGCCGAGGCAGGAUCAACGGAAGGCUGGUUUAUGUGUUCAGUCAGGAUUUCACAGUGUUUGGUGGGAGUUUGUCCGGAGCUCACGCACAGAAAAUCUGCAAGAUCAUGGACCAGGCCAUGACAGUUGGGGCCCCCGUGAUCGGACUGAACGACUCUGGUGGAGCUCGGAUCCAGGAAGGAGUGGAGUCUCUGGCUGGAUACGCAGACAUUUUCCUGAGGAAUGUGUUGGCUUCAGGGGUCGUCCCUCAGAUCUCCCUCAUCAUGGGUCCCUGUGCGGGAGGGGCCGUCUACUCCCCAGCCCUGACAGAUUUCACCUUCAUGGUUAAGGACACUUCUUACCUGUUCAUCACCGGACCAGAUGUCGUGAAGUCUGUCACCAACGAAGACGUGACUCAAGAGGAGCUCGGUGGGGCCAAAACUCACACCACCGUGUCUGGUGUUGCUCACCGCGCAUUUGAGAAUGACGUCGAGGCCCUGCUCCACCUGCGAGAGUUCUUCAACUUCCUGCCACUUAGCAAUCAAGAUCCCGCCCCCAUCAGGGAGUGUCACGACCCCAGGGAUCGUCUGGUGCAUUCACUGGACACCAUCGUCCCGUUUGAGACCACUAAAGCCUACGACAUGUUGGACAUCAUUCACGCCAUAGUGGAUGAGAGGGAGUUCUUCGAGAUCAUGCCCAACUAUGCCAAAAACAUUGUGGUGGGAUUCGCCCGCAUGAACGGACGCACAGUGGGCAUUGUGGGUAACCAGCCUAAAGUCGCCUCUGGUUGUCUGGACAUCAACUCCUCCGUGAAGGGAGCCCGCUUUGUUCGCUUCUGUGACGCUUUCAACAUUCCCAUCAUCACCUUUGUGGAUGUGCCGGGUUUCCUGCCAGGUACAGCUCAGGAGUAUGGUGGCAUCAUCAGACACGGAGCCAAACUGUUGUACGCCUUUGCAGAGGCCACUGUCCCGAAAAUAACCGUCAUCACGAGAAAGGCUUAUGGAGGAGCAUAUGACGUGAUGAGCUCCAAACACUUGAGAGGAGACGUGAACUACGCCUGGCCUACAGCUGAGGUUGCCGUCAUGGGUGCCAAGGGCGCUGUUCAGAUCAUCUUCAGAGGAAAAGAAAACCAGGCCGAAGCAGAGGCCGAAUAUGUGGAGAAGUUUGCCAACCCCUUCCCUGCUGCCGUCAGAGGCUUCGUGGACGACAUAAUCGAGCCGGCGAUCACUCGCAAGAAGAUCUGUGACGAUCUGGACGUGCUGGCCAGCAAGAAGCAGGUCAACCCCUGGAAGAAGCACGCCAACAUUCCUCUGUGAAACAACACGCAGGCGGUUUCAGCAUUAACACUAUCAAAAGGCACUCGGUGCAGGAUUUUACUCGUAUCGAAUCUACUUUCAAGUGAACUGCGGUGGUACCUCAGUGGUGACGACAACGUUGGGAGCCUGCCGAGCAGAUGUUAGCUGUCAUGAUAUUUCCGUUACUCCUUGCUGUUCACCACUCCACUGAAAACAAGAUCACUCCCUGAUUUCUUCCCCUCCUAACUCACUGUUUGUGUUUCACACGGGACGUGAAUCUUCACAUCUUACCACCUGUAUUAAAUAAUUAAACCACUGUCACAUCGGCAGCGGCCAUAUUGGUAAAAAGUGUUGAUAUAAAAUUUUGCGAUAUAUGGUUUGAUCAUGCAAUAUGAAAAACAUACUGUAGUCUGUUGUGACUUGUACAGUGUAUUCAAAGUUGUUAGUUGUUCUUUUACAGUGCGGUGCUUUCAAAUGCAAUUGAAGUCCUCUGUUCGGGUCAAGAAAACCACUGAAAUCCCUGGAACUGUGCCUUCUCUCUGUGGUAGUUCUCUGCUCUGCCACUUGUAAAAUAAAUCAUGGACUCACUACUAAUUGUUUUAUUUGUAGAAAAGUUUGUAGCAAAUAGUUGUAUGAAGAGUUUGACAAAUACAAAAUGAUGAGAUCUCUGGGAGCAAUAAGAAUAAAAUGAGACGGUUUGGA